AGACAUCAGCGGCACUUUCCUUCGAUUGCACCUCCCUGCGAUAUUCAUCUUCGAAUGGCUCCACCGCGAGAUUUCAGAGAAUAUGUGAUUGGAAUUAAUCUCUUUCCUUCUUCACGGUCCUUCUUCAGGGAGAUUCCAACGAUCGGUACCAAUUAAGAAUAGGAAACUACUAUCCAUGCCACUGUAAGAAAAACUCUGAUCCGAGGCAAAGGAAAGCAAGAAAACGCAGCCAUAGGAAGUGGGGGAUUUCCAGAAACCGCAUCUCGCUGUUCUCCUUCCUACAACCUCUCCAUUUACCUAAGCCAUGUCAAUUUCCGUCUCAGCACUCCGUUCUCCCAACACAUUUCACAAACAAGCCACGCGGCUCUCCUCACAUUCCCCACCUCUCGAUCGGGUUCGUGCCAAUUCAAUAGCUCCUUCUGGCACUCCACAACCUCGAGCAAUCACACUGAGAUUAAGAGAAGCUCACAGAUUUCACGGGGUUCUUUUAGAGAACUUUGGGUAUCCAGCGGUCAGGAAUAAUGGGUUUUUGUCUAGAGCUGAGAAUGAUGGAGGCGGGACAGAGAGGGAGGCGGAUGAAGUUGACAUGGAGUCCCGCGGACAGAGCUCCAUGCCGGAGAGGUUUAGGUAUUUGACAAAAGAAGUCCCCGAAAAGCCUUUGAGAUGGCCCCUCUUAAUAGUAUUGGCCCUUCUUCUAUACACCUGGAGGACUGUCUGGUGGGAACUGUCUCCAUAUAUUAUGCCGGUGGCAGGUGUUUUCUGGUGGUCUAUACAAUCGAUAGGAUAUAUCUUGAGAUUUGGGUUCGUCUAUGUUUUAUGGGUUUUAACCCACCCAUUGUUCGCCUCCAUCAGAUUAGUCGAAACAAUACUCAACACAAUUCAAGAUUUCUACUCACUGAUAAUAAACCACACUCCUAUUCAAGAACUCACAAAAGGUGUCAUUUUGGCCUCUUUGGUGCUUUCCAUAGCUGAGGCUGCUGUUCCAGGUUCUGUAAACAGACAACCUUAUCUUCUGACUGUUGCUGGGAUUAUCGGAUUCGUUGCCGUGAGAGGUUACAUUUCAGAGCUUUUCUUUUGGACGCUUCUGCUGGGUUUGUUUAGCUUUGGUCGGUGGGUUAAGAAUAGGGAUUAUGUGUCUUCGGCAUUGCCAGUUGCUGCUGUGUUAGCUGCAGUUGGAGAGCCAUGGAUUCAAGCACUUGCAAUGGUUUCAUACCUUUCUUUGGCAGUUGUUCAGUACUCCAGGGGGGCUACAGAUGAAAAGGAAGGAGAAGGCGCCGGUAUGGAUAUGAGGGCCCCGUGUCCUUUGCUCUGGGCUGCGUUCGCAAUCUGUGUUCGGCUUGCUGCUAAAUGGACCGGGUAUCGGCAUUUGACUUGGAUGGUUGCUUGACUACUUCCAUCUCAACUAUACUUGCCUUUUCAGCUUGCAGGAUUUUGCCAGCAGAAUUGAAAUUUUGUUGUGUAAUUCAAUUGCUUCUCUUGUUUUUUAUUUAUAUAAAUGAUGUUGGAUUGGUGGAAUCUCUAUGACUAGGAAUAGCAUGUGAAAAUAUUUUAGGCACUUCAAGCUUCUGCCCUA